AUGCCGACCCCGAAUAAGACCCCCUCAUCGUACAUCACGAGACUGCAUAUCCCAGCAGUGGCGCUCAGUUGUCCCGGCUGGUGCUCAGUUGGGUUCCGGUCAGUUGUUCUUGUUGUGGUGGUGGUGGUGGUGGUGGUGUUGGUGGUCACGCGGGUUGAGGUGCGUAUGAUUGUGCAGCCAGACGACUUGUGCGAGCAGGAAGAGGAGGCGGAGCUUCUGGGCUCCAUCAUCAGGGCGGCGCCGUCUUCUUCUUCUUCUUCUUCGGCAGCAGGAGCAUCAGCUGCCGAAGACGUCAUUGACGGCGUGAUUCGAGUCCGACUCCGCCUGGGCUCCAAAAGCCUGUCCCUGGACGAAGCAGAACAACAACAACAACAGCAAAUCACGCCUUCUAGAAUCUCCGCUGUCAAGUCCUGUCCAGCGUCGCCUCGACCAGCAGCAGCGGCAACAACAACAACAGCAGCAACGGCGCCCCCGCCACCGCCUCCGUUGCCCUUCGGCGUCCCGGGCUUCCUCUACUCGCCGCCGCGCGAGGAAGAAGAGGCGGCGUUGCAUGCACUGGCGAGUCGGCUGCUCGGCAGCUGCAGUGGCGGCGGCGGCGGCAGAAGAAGCGACGACACUGACGACUGUGAGGAACACCAAGUGACGACGGCGUCGUCUUCGGCGAGUGCCAGCGGGAGAACGAGUUUCGAGCUGCAAGAAAUGCAAGAGACCGGCGCCAUGGCGGCUAGGUUCCCGCUGGUGCAGCUGGUGGCGUCGUCGCGGUCGGCGUCCCUGGAUUUGCCGAUGGUCAGCAGUCCAGGGAUGAUGGGCGCCGGUUCAGUGGCGGCUGCUGCUGCUGCUGCUGCUGGGGAUGGCGGUGCUGGCGACGCUGCAGGAGUGUCGCCUGUUGCUUCUCCUGCACCAGAACCGCGUGCACAUGACGGAAAAACUGUGCUGAAAGAAUAA